GACAUAAAACACCGCCCAGUUACUCACGUCCUCAUUUCUCAGAGCACAGCUGGUCAACAGCAGAGGCCAGAGCAGAGAUUAGAUUAGAUUAUCAGGAACAAGUGGGAAAGAAAAUAAAGUAACAUUUAGAACAGGAGGAGAAAAGAUUUUUCCUUAAAGAGCCUGAAGUGCCGUGCGUAAUUACGCAUCGAACAAUGACAAUGAGUGCCACAACAGCCAUGGAAGUGAACAUCGAAGCCAAACGGAUCUUGGCCGUGUCGAUCAGCAAGCUGUACGCCUCCAGGACCCAGAGAGGAGGACUGAGACUGCACCGGAGCCUCCUGCUCUCCUUGGUCAUGAGGUCCGCCCGGGACAUCUAUCACUCCUCCCGGGAGAGUGAGGCGCCGAGCGGGGCGCAGUCCGCUCCGGAGGAGCCCAUGGACACCAGCUCCAGUCCGGAGGAACCAAGUGAGUCGGAGCCUGAGCCCCAGAGGACAACUGGGGCAGAGACCGCCUCAGACUCAGAGGAGCCGGGCAACGAGGAGGAGGACAGUGAAAUCACCGAGGACAAGGAGAACCUGAGCCCAGCAAGGCAGUCCAGGAAACGCCGGGGCAAGGCGUCGGCGGCGCCUGACUUCCUUCCCAGCAAGAGGGCGAGGCUGGAGCCCGGGGAGGAGCGGCACGCGGCCCAGCUGGGCAGCUGUCGCGUCGGGGCCGGGGACUCCCUGACCACUUUGUCUCUAAACCAGGUGAUCCCUGCGUUCUGAGGAGACGGGAGGACAAAACGACCUCCAGUAGAAACUUUUGGGGAGGAGUGACCUCCACUCCUUAUCAACAGAUGCACCAAAGGAGCUGACCUGCGUCAGGGAUUACAGGUGGUGGUGCGAGUCCUCGGGGUUAAGCUCUGAGCGCACCUGCCCGGCUGGCGUAGACCCCCCACCCCCCCUCACCGUGAGUACCAAGGAGCCAAGAAGGGAAGGGGGAAGCGUCCAGACAGAGCUACAGGCAGGAAGGAAGCUGCAGUGGAACUGCUUGUGUUGUCUCUUGUUUCCCCAUGACUCAUCUCCAGUUCAGUGAGUCCAAACAAGUGACUGCUACUGAGUCAAAGUGUGCGUGCGCGUGAAUCAUCAGUUGGAGAAGUGAAGCUGACCACAAGCCAGAACUCCUGGGGAUUUCCUGUCUUCACCAGAAAUCUGAAACUCUGAAAGAGGAAGGAGAAGAGAGACACGCACUUCCUGCUGCUGGGACUGUCCCACAAACUGUUCACAUGGUGCUUUAACACAACAACCCGGAGCCUGUUGAUCUGAACAUUUAGUGAUUUCACUUGAUUCACUGAGCUCAUCUGGUUUAUGUUUGACCUGUGGAAUAAGAUUACCUCACAUCUCAAGCUGCUUUUUAAAUGUAUGGUGGCAUUAAGGUGAACUACUUGUAAUAAACUUGUUGAA